AUGCUUCUAUGGCACCUACUAUCCAUAUCAUUUUAUGAAAUAGCAGCAGAAGCCUUAAGAUGCUAUUCAUGUGCAUCAGCCGAGUAUCGAAUGCUGCUUGAUCGAAGCUCAAGUUUCGGUCGAACAGUGAGAAAUCCACCACAUUUUGAUCGUUUUUGUGAUUCGGAAGAGUCAAUCAAAGCCAUAGCUCCCAUGGAACCAUGUAUGAGUACAUGUAUCACUGUAUAUGAGCCGCAAUUCUUCGGAGGAUUACAAUCAGUCAACCGGCCUUUCCUGUUCAUUAGAGGGUGUGCUGAUCGAAUAUUCGAAUCCAUGACGAUACGUCCAAGAGAGAUUGACUUUCUACAUCAAGCACCCAUAUGUGUGUCAUUACAUAUGUCAGACAUCUAUCCACACGUGCAAGCGAAUGAAGUUGUCAAAGUGUGUUCAUGUACCGACAAUGGAUGCAACUAUCGAACAUCAGCUGUUAACACAGCAUUACACACAACCAUGCACAUAUUCAUAUUAAUAUUAUUAUUUAUUUAUUUAUAUUAA